AUGACCUCUAUUGCUGAUGCUUUUUUGGACCCAUCAAAGUCUUCAUUCCUUGAGUUUGGCCAUGGACCACCAUCUUCUUCACAAAGCCAACACUCGCCGGUUUUGGCACAUGGACCUUAUUCCUUGCAUGGCUUCCACCCGGCUGGCCAUGAUGGCCUGUUUUCUCCAGGGGCUUCGGCCUAUGGAGGACGGUCCUUCCCAUACCCCUAUUCUACCUCCGCAGCCAACCAGCAUCAUAACGGGAACCCAUACCUGAGCUACCAGCAUUACAAUAAUACACUUAACCACAGUGGGAGACUACAUGAAGAUCCUGUUCCAGAGCUAGAGAAAUCCACGGUGAUAGAAAAUGGCGAAAUCCGAAUUAAUGGAAAAGGAAAGAAAGUCAGGAAACCUCGAACAAUCUACUCCAGUUUACAGCUACAGGCCCUCAACCAGAGGUUCCAGCAAACACAGUAUUUAGCCCUUCCGGAAAGAGCAGAGCUUGCCGCACAACUUGGCCUGACUCAGACCCAGGUGAAGAUAUGGUUUCAGAACAAGAGAUCCAAGUACAAAAAAAUAAUCAAGCAAGGUCCUAGUACCCAAGACGGAGAGCAGUCUCAGAAUUCAUCCUCGGUUUUCUCCAUGCUCCCCUAA